CUCGCCCAAGGAUGCAAAAUGUACUCCCAGGAAACGUGGAGACGUACCCUGGGAGGGAGGGAAACCCGUGGCGUAUGUCGCUGAGGGUGUCGCCGCUGCCGCUCAUGCGAAGGACGCGGUCGUCGACGUGGGACACAGAUACCGUCCAGACGAUGCAGGAACUCGGGGUUCAACGCCUGUCGAUCCCGCGAGAAUUCAAGGACAGCACCCACGACAGCGACGACAUGAAACCGCACGCGACGUCGUGGUCGAUGCUGAUUGAACCCCCUGAGGCAUGCACGAGAGGAGAACCGACGUCGUUGUCGUGGUCAAUGAUCGACGACAGCCCGUUCCACCCCAAGACUGUACGUAUUGAGGUGUGGAACAAGGCGUGGACCGUCCCGACUGUGAUUGCCUUGACAGCCCCCAACUCGGGACACUAUCUGUGGAAGCGCGUGUACUGGGGCAUGCCGAUCAAAGACGAGUACUACAUCAAGAUUUACGGGGCCGACGACGACGAUUCCCAAAACCUGUUGGCGGAAAGCCCAUACUUCUCCAUCGUCAAGUGAACUUGUGCCGUUGAACUUCUGCUUUUUCCUCUCCCCACAUCGCACGCUGUAAAGUACCUUCUAUGCUUGCCUUCCAUGCUCCUUCGACAAUGUUGUUCGUCGAGUGUACCUACCCAUCAUCGCGCAACUGCCACCCCCCCCUUUGUUCUGUCGUUAUGAGCUUCUGUGGUUCAAAGAUCAAUGUAUUUAUUUCAUGUCAA